AAUUAUCCCUCUUCUCUCUCUCUCACAGCACAAACUUUAACAGAGUGUACCACGAGCACAUCAAUGGCUUCGCCGCCGACUCUCCCGAUCUCCCAAUCAUCCACCGGCGGCGGUCUAUCUCAGACGCCCAUCGCUACUCCGGCCUUCCGCGCCUUCUUAUCUCGUCUCUCUUCUUCCGUCCGUCAGGGUUUCGCCCACCGUCGUCCCUGGUACGAACUCGUCGAACGCAACUCCAUAGCCCGUCCUGACAACCUAUCAGAAGCCGUCUUUCGCAUCCGCAGGAAUUUAUCUUACUUCAGAGUCAACUACAUCACCGUAAUUGCUUCCGUCCUUGCAAUUUCUCUCAUCUCUCAUCCAUUCUCUCUUCUACUCCUACUCUGCCUCCUAGCAGCUUGGCUCUUCCUCUACAUGUUCAGACAAUCAGAUCAGCCUCUCGUCAUCUUCGGCCGCACAUUCUCAGAUCGAGAGACUCUCGGCAUACUCGUUCUCUCCACCAUUAUUGUGGUUUUCCUCACUAGCAUCGGAUCUCUACUUAUUUCCGGUGUAUUGGUUGGAUUUGCUGUGGUUUGUGCUCAUGGCGCUUUCAGGAUUCCUGAGGAUUUGUUCCUUGACGAACAGGAACAGGUUAACCCCGGUUUUCUCUCUUUUCUCGGCGGUGCUGCUGCUCCAACCGUAGCUGCUGCUGCUGCUGCAAGAGUAUGAUGAAGAAGACCAAAUCAGAUCUUCAACACACGUCACUCGUAGAACAAUUUUUUUAGGGUAAAAAUUCCUAUCCUUCUGUUAUUAUUAUUAUUCAUAUUGUAUCAUUGAUGACAAAAAAAGUUUAUCUGUUUGGCAGAAUUUAUAUCUCAAUCUUGCUUUUUGCUACUUUUUAUUUUAUGUAAUGAGCUUUAGAUCUUACUAAGUUGAGCUUUCUUCUUCUUAAGUGUGAAAAUUUGUAUUGAUCUCAUCAUAUUACCAUUCUUGUACGCCAUUUGAGCUUUCUUGUUCUCA